AUGACGACGGACAAAGUAAAAAUUGUUUCGACAAACAUCCACACCAUGAGCGGUGAUACGAAUCUUUUUGUUCGGAGUCUCACUAUUGCUCUGGUUGGACCCACGGCAGUGCUUCUUGCGGCGCACAACAAAUACACAUGUGCGCUGCUUAUUUGGUUUUUCUUCUUUUUUGGGAUGUUGGAGUGGUCAGGAAUAAGACGGCAUAUCAAAGUGGCACUUCUUUUAGAUUCUGAACGCGGAGGGGACGACUCCAAGCAUGAGGCUCUUCCAAAGGAGUAUGCCGCACCAGUUUUUUCGCACAGCGCCGUAAUAAUCGUCAAGGCAACAUUUUCAUCGCUUGUUAUUGUUGCCGCUUGUAUAGGAGUGGAUGUUUUUUUGCUUUUCUUGACUCUUUACUUCCUUGUUUGCACGCUUCUCACGUUAUUUGGCCAAAACGACCCGGAAAAGGGAGUAUCCGUUGCGAGACAAACAGCGGAUAAUGUGAUGGCUCAAUCUGCGCCUACCAGGCAAGUUUCUCUAUCCUUGGAGAAGUCAAGAAGCGAAAUGCUCUUGCUGUUUCUUCGGGAGGAGCUACGCAUGGUUGCUGAGAAGGGACCAGCCGAGUUAUUUAUUAAUUUCUGCCUGGAAUACUUUGGUUUUGUUUGGAUUACGGGAGUAACUUACCCGAUACUUGUGUACGACAUUGAAGGUUUGGGGAGGCCGUGGAUCUUGGCUUCGCUUGUGGGCAACUUCACUCUUGACAUUGUGGCGCUGCUGGUGGGGAGAUCAAUGAAGGGCAUGACGCAUCCGUUGUGCCAAUCCAUUAGUCCUAAAAAGUCCAUUGAGGGAGCAGUUUUGGGGGUUCUUGCGGGCGCCUUUAUAUUUCUUUGGAGUGUAAACUUUGCAUCUGGUGGAGGGGUUCUGGAACGGGGUUGGGGACCGUUUUUUCUCAAUUUUACUGCCGGUGUGUUGUUAGGUGUGAUGGGGGUUGUAGGUGACCUCCUGCAGUCCCUGCUGAAGCGGACAGCACGGAUAAAAGACUCGGGAUACUUGAUGCCAGGACAUGGUGGCGUACUUGAUCGCAUUGAUGGGCUUCUUCUUGUGUUCCCCACGAUGUACUGCUGUAUGCGUGUUAUGAACCUGUUUUCCUGGGGAUCGUGA